CGAUGCUGAAUGAUGAUAAAGAAAAAUGAGCGCCAUACCAUUUCACCUUGCCACAUACUGGUCAGGGUCUUUAACUCGUUUCGUGUUUUAUUUCUCAUCCGUCCGUUCGGCGUCCGCUCAAACGUGUUUUCAAAAUAUCACUUGUUCUCGUCAUUGCUAUACCGAAUACCGACGUUGUCGUAAUAAUACUAUAUACACAUGGCCUACUACAGGAAUGUUGAAUUCUAAUUCGUUUUUUUACGUCCUACUAAGUGGUUUUUUCAACAGAAUAAAUUAUUUAUACAUUUUUACUUUUAACAUGUUUUUGCUGUAGUGAAACUGGUGAAAGCAAUCCGGUUGAUUCGAUCGUUCAGAUCUCUUAGCUUCAGAAUCAAAUCGAAUUAAGUGUCACAUUAAAACCAUGCAAAACAUUAUCAACACCGUUAAAGGUACUGCACUAGGAGUCGCUGGAUUAUUAACUCCAGUCCUAAAGGAAUCAAAAUUUAAAGAUACAGGAGUAGUUACCCCAAAUGAAUUUGUUACUGCUGGCGACCAUUUAGUGCAUACAUGUCCAACCUGGGAAUGGGCUUGUGGUGACGAAUGCAAGAUUAAAUCUUAUUUGCCAAAAGACAAACAAUAUCUGAUUACAAGAAAUGUUCCCUGUUUACGUCGAUAUAAACAAAUUGAGAACUGUGAAAUCCUUGAGAAUAUUGUUGAAUUGGAAGAAGGAAAUGAAGGAUGGGUUGAGACUCAUCAUUUUGAUUCUUCACUUUUGUCUUUUAAUGAAAAAAUAUCCAAAAUAUCACACGAAGAAAAUAAGGAAGGUCAAAACAAUGGUAAUCAAUUUUCCAACAUAAUGACCCAUGAAAAUCAAAUUAUAAAAACUUGUAAUUUCUAUACUAAAAAUAAUAGUAUAGGUGAUGAUGAAGAUGAUGAUGACGAUGAAGGUGAAGCAAUAGAUAUGGAUGCGUUUGUAGAAAGUGGUUUACUGGAAGAUGAUUCGGCAACCGUUUAUUCAACACAAAAAGAAAGAAAACAAUUAACAAGCACAUCUACUGAUGAAAUAUUAAAAACCCGAACAUAUGAUUUACAUAUAACAUAUGAUAAAUUUUAUCAAACACCAAGAUUGUGGAUUUAUGGUUAUAAUGAAGUAAGAAUUCAACAUUGUUCUUAA